ACAGGCGUCCACUCUCCGUCCUCUCCGAGAUGCUUGGAGGCCCCCGACUGACUCUUUCCCACGGCAGGGGGUGCCUGCAGGGCACGUGGGAGAAAGCCUACCAGGAUCACAGGAGAAAGGUGCAGGAGGCCCGGCCGGUGGUGGACAGCCGCGCCCCGCCAACCCUCAGUCACCUCUGCCUGAAACUCGGCAAACUCAAGUCUAAACAGGGAGAAAAGAGAGCAGCAGCUUUGCAGCCUGAGAGAGAAAAACCCGUUCUGGAGAAGGUCACAAACUCAGCGCAGGACCUGUUCGCCACACACCCUGUGGAAGGCAGACCCACCGCUGGAGGAGCUGAAGUUCAGCAAGGCCACCGCCUGGACCCAAAAGAUGAAGUGGAGGGGAGGACUCAGAACACAGAGGAGGAGAAGAUGCGUCAGAAGCAGUGGUGGACAAACGGCAAGGCUGUCAUGGCCUCCUGGGGCAGCCCCCUGUCCUCAGGGACACUGCUUCCCACCCUGGCCAGGCCUCCUCACCUUAUCACGCAGGGACAGCUACACGCGUGUGAGUCAGCAUCCAAACUGCAUGUGUUCACAGGAUGUCUGAGCAGAUGAUGCAGCAAAACUAUUUUCUGUGCUUCUAGGGCUGAUAGCUGAAAACAAAUUAUGCAGAGUAAUACUGGGAGCUAAAGCCUUUUGAAUUGGAUUUUUCUCUCUAGUUAGGAACACACACUCUGUUACCAUAUUUUGUGUUGUUGUGGAUUUGUUUAUAAUUCUCAGAUAUAUUUGUAUAAUUUG